GGGGCGGCGGGGGGCAAAGGGGGGACCCCAGGGCUGGUUUUGGGGUGCAGAGGGGGGGCUUGGGGAGGGGAUUUGUGGGUGCAGUGGGGCCAUAGGGGAUGAGGAUGCAAUGAGGACCCCAGGGUUGGUUUUGGGGUGCAGUGGGGGCCUUGGGGAGAGGGAUUUGUGGGUGCAGUGAAGACCCCAGGGCUGGUUUUGGGGUGCAGUGGGGGCCUUGGGGAGGAUUGGGGGUGCAAUAGUGAGGGCACCAGAGGCAUUUUGGGGGCUGCAGUGGAGGCCAUGGAGGGAUAUUUGGGGGUAAAUUAGGGAGGGUGUUAAGGCCAGUUUGGGGGUGCAGUGGGGAGGGCAGUAGGGGGUGUAAUGGGGACCAGUUUGGGGGUGCAAUGGAGGCCAUGGGGGGGGUGCAAUGAGGAGGGUCGGGGGGGCACCAGGGUCACUUUGGGGGUGCAGUGGGGCAUGGAUGGCUGGUGCAGAAGGGGUGGUGUGAGUCCUGUUUUGGGGGUGCAGGGGGAGGGGAGUGGGGGCUGCAGUGCCUGCUGGCUGCAGAGACUGGAGCCCCCCAACCCCAGCACUGCCGGGCACCCAGGAGUGCUGCCCUCCGCCCUCCCCAGGUCCGACCUGCGCCAGAUAUUGGCAACCAAGAGUGUGGAGAACAUCCAGUUCCUGCCCUUCCUCACCACCGAUGCCAACAACCUGAGCUGGCUGGGCUAUGGCUGCCUGAAGGGGGACGGGACAGUGAUCACCGUCAACGCCAUCGGGGCAGCUCUGCAGACCCUCUACAUCCUGGUGUAUCUCUACUACAGCCCUGCCAAGCGCCCCGUGCUGCUGCAGGUCCUGCUGCUCCUGGCUGUGGUGGUCACUGGCUGUGGCUACUUCACCAUCCUGGUUGACACGGGGACACGCCUGACACACCUGGGGCUCUUCUGCAGUGUCUUCACCAUCAGCAUGUACCUCUCACCGCUGGCUGACCUGGCCAAGGUUGUCCGGAGCAAGUCAACGCGGUGCCUGUCCUUCCCCCUGACCGUCACCACCCUUGUGGCCUCCAGCAGCUGGACACUCUAUGGCCUGCAGCUCCGUGAUCCCUACAUCACAGUCCCCAACGUGCCAGGGAUCGUCACCAGCCUCGUGCGGUUCUGGCUCUUCCAGCGGUACAGGCCAGAGCAGGACAAGCCCUACAGCGCCCUGCCCGCCUGAGGGGGCCCCUCAGGAGCACCCCAACUCUGGCCUGGGCUGGCCCCACCGCUGUCCCCUCGGCCACUCCCAGUGGGACACCAGGAAGGACCUCCUGCCUCCAGCUCUGCAUCCUUCAGUGAAGGCCCAGGAGCUCUCAGCAAAUCCUUUGGGGUACCACAAGCCCCUCAAACCCCAGGGUGGGAGGAAAGUUUUCCGUGCCUAUGGCCCUGCCUGGCAGCAGGAUUUUGAGGGGCAGGGCUUUUGAGUGGCUUCCAGGGGUCCACGUGUCACUUUUGUAUGGAUUCAAGUGCCUUUUAAUAAAUCACAGACUUCCCAGUGCCUGCUUCUUGUACCUCCCUCCUGCUGCAGUGCAUGGUACAGCUCUUGGCCCUGCAGCUGCUUUGGGAGCUCCUUGUGGCCAACCAGGGGGGCUGCUUAUGGCCAAACAGGGGCUACUUUUUUGGGGGGGCUCAUUCUGACAUUCUGACACACCCUGGGCUCUGGCAAACCCUCAACAGACAUCAGCCCUGGUGUUGGGGCCACGAGGGGACCCCAGGGAAGCCAGCACAGCUCUGAGCACCCUGAGGGAGCCUCCCAUCACAGUGUGGGGGUAAAAGUCUGUGUAAAUGAUGAGCAGCCACCAUGGCAGGACCUGGGAAUCGAUGGGAAUCCUUGCUAAACCCCUGUGGAUCGAGCAGGCCUGGAUCAAGCAUCAAUGCUCUGUCAAUUAACCAAUUAACAGCAAUGUGGAAUGAAGAUAUCAGGCUGUGCUUCAGUGGAGGGGCCAAAUCACACAGCAGACACCAGAGCCUUGCAGAAAGAGGCCCCUACCCCAUGUGGGACCCCCCCAGGACCGAGGAGCCUCAUCCCACACUCCCCCCAUGAGGAGACCCCAGGCAAGCCAGCACUGCUCUGAGCAUCUUGAGGGAACCUCCCAUCAGUGUGGGGGUAAAAGUCUGUGAACUGAUGAGCAGCCACCAUGGG